AUGAAAUACCCUAUUGCAUACGCGAUUACUAUUGUCGUACCCCUGUGCCUUGCGACGGAUAUCUAUGUCUCCCCGACUGGGUCGGAUACCGCUGCGGGUACACUAGAGGCACCCCUUCGAUCAAUCCAAUCGGCAGUAGAUAAAGCAACAGCCGGCUCUACUGUUUAUCUUCGUGAAGGAACCUAUUCACCGACGACGAAUAUCCAAAUCACAAAAAGUGGCACGACAUCGGCUCCCUACGUUCUUCGGGCUUAUAACGGCGAGAAAGUUACGAUUGAUGGGGAGGAGCUCCCAGGAACGCCAGCUGAGCUCAACGGUUCCCUCGCGAACAAGGACCGUGGAAUCCUGCAUAUUCAGGAUGCCGAAUACUGGGAGUUUUACGAUCUUGAAUUGAUUAAUGGGCCGUAUGGUGUCUACGCGCGUGAUUCAUCGAACAACCACUAUGAGCGUAUCAUCACGAGGGAUAACUAUGAAACUGGUUUCCAACUUGAAGGUGCAUCGUCUAACAACUCUGUCUUCUAUCUCGACUCCUACGGGAACCGUGACCCUCGUAAGAACGGCGAAAGUGCGGACGGGUUUGCUUGCAAGGAAGGCUCUGGGGAGGGCAACGUGCUGCGUGGUGCGAGAUUGUGGAACAACGUUGAUGACGGAUUGGACCUAUGGGAAUUCAAGUCAGGCAUAACAAUCGAAGAUACCAUCUCCUUCGGAAACGGAUACAACAGAUGGGGCUUCUCGCCAUUCGAAGGCGAUGGCAAUGGUUACAAACUCGGUGGUGGCAAUGAUGCCGACAUUGGUCCCGCCAACCACGUUAUAACUAACUGCAUCGCGUUUGGAAACUCUAAGGAUGGCUUCACCGAUAACUCACAAACCGGCGAUUUUACCCUCACCCGUAACACGGCCUGGAACAAUGCCAAAGUUGGCUUCAAGUUCAACACGGCUGUGGCUACCUUGACUCAGAACAUCGCGGCUGAGAAUGGAGAGCAGCCCACGGCUCUGAGCAAAGAUCAGGUGUCGAAAGAGAACUCGUGGGAUAGCAGCACAACUUGGGGUAACAGUAGCUUUAUCUCAGUCGAUGCGAGCUUGGUACAAGGGGCACGCAAGACCAACGGAAAAAUUAACCCUAGUGACUUCUUAUUGCCAAGGUCCGGGGAGACAAUUGGUGCGACUACGGCUUGGACUGAGAUGUAG